AUGGCGACGUAAAUGAUAAGUUUAGUGUUGCGUAGGGACGUUUUGUUCUUUCUUUUGACAGUUCUAAUUAGCUGACACACUAUUUGUGCAAAAUGACGGACGAUCCGAUGAGGUUUGCCCACAGCUUGAUACCAAAUCCAAACAUACCUCCAGAUUAUAAUAUAUUGGCCAAUGCCAUCUCAAACUGUUCGGGGCCGGUCGUUCAUCAAAUGUUGAAGCAGAACCCAGACUUGGUGAAUUUAAAGGCAUGGCAUGGCCAGACUGCUCUACACAGAGCCUGCCUGGGUGGGAAUUCCGACAUCGUUGGGCUGCUGCUGCAAGCUGGAAGUAAUCCGAAUGAGCCCAAUGACUUUGAUGAGACACCACUACACUAUGCAGCCAAGAGAGGAAACUUGCAAGUUUUCCAGAUGUUGGUUCAGUUUGGAGGGGAUGCAACACUUACGGACAAGAAUGGAAAAGGGAUGAUCCAUCAUUCCGCCGAGACUGGGACCGUAUACAUGCUCCACUAUCUGUGGGAAGUUCAGCAACUCAGCUUAUCAGAUCCUGAUGCCAAACGUCUCACACCUCUACAUAUUGUGUGCAAACAUGGCCAAGUGGACUCCCUGAAGUAUCUUCUCAAGAAAGGGAGAUGCAACCUGUACGCGACGGACUGCGAGGGCAACACGGCGGUGCACAUGGCGGUGCAGGAGGGGCACAGCUACAUGACCUGGCUGCUGCUGGAGGUCAUGGGGACCAAAGUGUUAAAUGUCACCAACAACGAGGGUUACACUCCUGGGGAUCUCGCAACAAUGAGGGACAAGACAGGGCACAGAGAACUUGUUCCAUUAUUGAAGCAAUUUCGGAGGGCCCCCACGGCCCACCCCCGUGGCCCUGUGUUGAAGUGGUACUUCUACCUGCUUCUCCCUGCUGCUGCCUUCGCUGUGUCAGUCCUGGUGUCCAAGCUUGCGGGAGACAAGUAUCAGGGCGUGGUCGUGUUUGGGGGCCUAGGUGCAGUACUGUUCCAUCUCAGAGACCAGAUGCAUAGAUUCACAGAUAUUAGCAGAUGGCCGAACCCUGUCCAUGCGGGGACGUUUGCAGCUGGCCUCUUCCACACUGCCUUCUACUUCUUCGUCGCCAUCAUGCCUUACAUGACACAGCAUCUAUACAUCAUGUGCCUCACCCCGAUGUAUGCAGUCGGCCUCGUCUACCUCUACUGGACAAUAUUGUUCACUGAUCCAGGUUCUGUAUCCCAGUCGGAAGUAGAUGAGAAAACACUGAAGCCUCUCACUAUCCUUGACCUUUGUCUUCCUGGUAAAAAAUUGGAGCAGUUUUGUAUUUUCUGCGAGAUAGUGCGUCCACCCCGAACCAAGCACUGCCGCCUCUGCAACAAGUGUUUCCGCGACAUGGAUCACCACUGCCUGUUUCUCCUACAGUGUAUCGCACAGAAAAACCACCUCCGCUUCCUCUGGUUCAUCGCUCUCAACAUCAUCGCCAUGGUGAUCUUUCUAGCCAUCUCAACAUCGCAUCUGUUUGAAAUAUACCCCAAAUUAACAAUAUUUGAAAUAGGCAUGACUCUGUUUCACAGCAAUGCGUGGCAUUUGUCUCUCAUCGGACUCAACAUGGCCUCCAUCUUCUGGGGGGUGAAUUUACUACUGUUUCAAUUCCGGAUGGUUGGGAAUGGUUUCACAACGUUCUAUCAACCCAAGCAAAAUGUGGAUGUUCUCACGUCAAUGGAGAAGUGUAUGAAUGUUGUGUAUUUUCUGUUAGGUAGAAGACCUUUUGCAAGAAAUCCGUUUUUAGGGAAGGAAAUGAACGUAUAAAAAAUGCACAUUUUAUUGCAUCAUGUGGUACAUAUAAAUGUAUAAAUUUAUGAUUUUUCUGACGAAUAACCCCUAUCCUUAUAUCAUAGAUAUAAAUUUUAUGGCUUCAUAUUUAUAUGCAAUGAAUAAUAAGAAAAUGAACUUGACUGGGAGCAGUUCUAUUACAUGUCACUGAAGUUUGGCUUUUCCACAUGUGAUACAAGUUGGCUUUAAUCGUUGAUUAGUCAUUACAUACAGUGAGUCUAGUGUCCUCAACGGGCUUAUGUAAGUCUUGUCUAGUGUCCACAACAGGCCUAUGUAAGUCUUGUCUAGUGUCCACAACGGGGCUAUGUAAGUCUUGUCUAGUGUCCACAACGGUACUAUGUAAGUCUUGUCUAGUGUCCACAAUGGGCCUAUGUAAGUCUUGUCUAGUGACCACAACGGGCCUAUGUAAGUCUUGUCAAGUGUCCACAACGGGCCUAUGUAAGUCUUGUCUAGUGUCCACAACGGGCCUAUGUAAGUCUUGUCUAGUGUCCACAACGGGCCUAUGUAAGUCUUGUCUAGUGUCCACAACGGGCCUAUGUAAGUCAUGUCUAGUGUCCACAAUGGGCCUAUGUAAGUCUUGUCUAGUGUCCACAACGGGCCUAUGUAAGUCUUGUCUAGUGUCCACAACGGGCCUAUGUAAGUCUUGUAUGUGAAAGUCAGUUUGUGAGAAGUUUUGAAACAGGCAGCAUUAUUUUGUCUAAUAAUGUAUGUUGGCAAAGAUUUUGGAUUCUAAUGUCACAAUAUUUAUGAAAUUGACAAUAUUACAGCUGCAUCUGUGGUGAGAAGCUUGAAUGUUGUGUUUAGAUAUGUGUUAAAUGUUAUGAAGAUGUGAUCUUUAUGUUUAGCCACAACCAGCUGUAUAAUACUGAACAUUGUUCACAGUUAUGAUGUUGUAAGGCGUUUGUCAGACUUGGGCCAAGGAGGCCUGUGAUUGUUUUCUUACCACAUUUAAAAUUAAAACAGUAUUUUCCCCUCUUUUUACAUUGAUACCAAAAAGUUUUGAAUUGGUUUUCAUCUAUAUAUUUUUUACAUUCAAAUUUUGCCAUUUAGCUUAUCCAUGAUCUGAUGUCUUGCUAGUGUCGUCUUGGAAAUGAAGAACUUUUCCAAACUUUACCUGAGUGGUUAGCAGUUGAGUGAGUGAGUUAAAAGAGGGACUAUGCUCCACUGAAUGGCUCCCAGUCUAGGGCCAUCUUCCCGAGGCAUGAAAGUUAACUGACUAUAAAAGUCCAGUUUCUACCCUUGCCAAACUAGGCUGGUAUUAUGGAGUUACAUUUUGUCUAGACUAACGAGUCAUAGUCCAAUCAAAAUUGUGCAACGAAAUUGAAAUCCGGUUCGUAAACUGUCGUGCAGUAUUCGGUCGAAUGCAGGAUUUGCAAAGCAUGUGCAAUGCCAACUCUUUGUCAACAGAUAUGUUCUAAAUUUUUUCAUAUUUUUAAUCAAGGUGCUCACGUAAUUUGAUGCACCUUGCGAUGUAAGACCCAUUUUAUCACAAUAUAGAUCUUGAUUAUCGAUCAGAUCAUCUUGACUUGGCGCCGUCAAUUUUUUUUUAAGCAAAUGCAAGUGAUACGAGAGGUGGAAUUAAUUGGUCCAUAGGAAAGACUUAGAAGGGACAUAACUCGUAAUAACCACUGGUGGCGCUUCGAUCGAGCCCUAGAAUUCCAGACUAGUUCAGCAAGGGUAGAAACUGGACUUUAAGUCAGUUAACUCUCGUGCCUCGGGGAAGAUGGUCAAGGGCUUGGUGAUGUUAUUACUGCAUUGUGUGAGACAAACAUAUCGUCUCUGUGCAAAUGAGGUUAUCACUAGCUUAAAUUUUGAAAACAAAAUACAAAUGUUUGUUGUCAAACAAAUAAAAUGUGUCUUUGAAUGGCUUGAAUUAAGCCUGUUUCACUGCCCAUGGGCCACGGCUAGUCCCUUUGUAACAUUGGUUUUUUAACAGUAUUUCAGUUCUCUUUCAGUGUCAUUAAAAUCAAAUCUUGUAUUCCGAUAUGAUACAUCUCUGUGUUAAGAACUGAGGAUACAUCUGUUAAUCAGCGUCUUGGAUUUUAAGUUCUCAAUAAGAGUGAGCAAAGUAUUCAGGGAAGCAUAUCUGAUUUCUGUAUCUCAAAAUCAAAUAUAAUCGGCGGGAAAGGUAAAGCAUGUGGAUAUGUUAUACCCAAACGAUUGUACUAACGAGGGUAUGUUCGUAUUCUGGGGCGUUGUUUUCUUUUUGACGAGAACAAAAUUUACAAAUUGAGAUGGUAAAAAAAUGAAGCCGAAUCGUCAAAACAAAUUGACAUCUAAAACCCUCAGGAACCCAAGCAUCCUACAUUUUAGUUGGACGGUCUGAGUUCAGUCAGGGUUCACCUGACCCGACUGAGGAGGUGUCCUCGUGUUGUGAUGCAGAGAGGUAUCAUGUGGAGGUAACAGAUCUGAUUUAAUCACAUUGGUUCUGUCACGGUAUGUUAUCAUCAUGAGUGUUGUAACCCUAAUGUAAUACAGGUCCAACAAAGAGUUAUAACUGCUAUGAAGCUGGGAUUAAAACCAAUGACAGAUUUGACAAGACAGCAUGGAUAUAAACAGCAUUCUGGACCUAAGCAACAUUCACGCAUUCAAUCACUGACACCCAAAACGUAAUUGAAAUUAACAAGUCCCUCUUAACUCAUACAGUAACACCCCAUUCCAUAAAAUGAUGGACCAACGUUACUAUUGACUUUCAAAAGGUGCUCAGUCAUAUUUUUGGUGUGGACAAAGGACUGGUGUCUUCAGCGUGGGAAGUGGUUGUCCGGGAUUGCUCCAGCCCGAUGAUGUACUUGUACUGUGUAAUAUACGGUAUGAGGAUUGCUCCAGUCUGAUGAUGUACUUGUAUUGUGUAAUAUACGGUAUGAGGAUUGCUCCAACCUGAUCAUGUACUUGUAUUGUGUAUUGUACGGUAUGAAGAGCUCUCCAUUCUGAUGAUGUACUUGUAUUGUGUAACGUACGGUAUGAAGAGCUCUCCAUUCUGAUGAUGUACUUGUAUUGUGUAACGUACGGUAUGAAGAGCUCUCCAUUCUGAUGAUGUACUUGUAUUGUGUAACGUACGGUAUGAGGAUUGCUCCAGUCUGAUGAUGUGCUUGUAUAUCGUGUAAUAUACGGUAUGAAGAUUGCUCUAGUCUCAUGAUGUAUUUGUAUUGUGUAAUAUACGGUAUUAGGAUUGCUUCUGUAUGGUAUGGUAUGGUAUGGUAUGGUAUGGUAUGGUAUGGUAUGGUAUGGUAUGGUAUGGUAUGGUAUGGUAUGGUAUGGUAUGGUAUGGUAUGGUAUGGUAUGGUGCUACACAUGUUUGAUGGCAGACAGGUCUGUGUGCCCCCCAGCUAAAUACUGAACUGUUUUCAUUGUUGGUUCUCAUGCUGCCGUGUUUAGAAGUGCUUAUCCCUUACUGUGUCAUGACUGAAUAUCCUCCAUCAGUACCAUUUGUGACUCUGCUUCAUGAAAUUCCACAAGGUGUUGUCACCGAGAGAUCUGGACAUGUAAAUCAAAUGGGGUUUGGUUCCUGAUCAGACUGAUUCUGUGUUGUAUUUAUGACCUGGUUUCUUUCAUGUAAAACCUGAUAAUGGUUGAUCAUACAGAAAACUGUUGAUUGUUGACCAGCUCUUGUUUGGACCCUCUCUCACUUAUGCACAAGUGUUUGUUUGUUUGUUGUUUAAUGUCGCACUCAGCAAUUUUCCAGCUAUAUGACGGCAGUCUGUAAAUAAUCAAGUCCGGACCAGACAAUCCAGUGAUUGAUAUCAUGAGCAUUGAU